GGGUCGGUCGGCUCGUCCGUUUACUACAAUCAAUAGAUACGCAAAAAUGGUGUCAGACUUUAGAAAGACGAAGCUCCUCCACAUCUUCAACGCUUUCUUCGACGUUGACAGAAACGGCUAUGUCGACAAGAACGACUUCCAAGUUGCUGCCGGUACCAUCGCCACCCUGAGAGGCUGGAAACAAGGAGACACCACCUACAACCUUCUCGAGGAGAACUUACUCGCAAUCUGGACCGGUCUUCAGGGCCACGCUGACAAGGACAACGACGGUAAAGUAUCCCAGGACGAGUGGAUCCAACUCUGGGAUGACUUCGCAAAGAACCCUGAAAGUAGCAAGGAAUGGCAGGACCUUCUCUGCCGCUGCAUCUUCCAAAUCGAAGACUCUAGCAACGAUGGCUCCAUCGAUUGCGAAGAAUUCUCAUCCGUGCACGCCUCUUUCGGCCUCGACAAGCAGGAGAGCAUCGAUGCCUUCAAGAAAAUGGCGGCAGGUAAGGAGAGCAUCACCUGGCCCGAAUUCCAGGAACUGUGGAAGGAAUAUUUCAUUACCGAAGACAAGGACGCUCCCGGUAAUUUUAUCUUCGGAUGUUUCUUGUGCGGUCUGCAUAAGCACAGUCAUUGAUAACAUUUAGAAUGCUUUAUAAGAAUAUUCUCGAUGUAUUUUAUACAACUGAAUGAUAACUUCAGGUUGCUGAUAAACAGUGUUUGGACAUAAAUUGUACGAACAUGGAGCCUGAAAUACAAAGUACUAUAAGGCACUGCCCCGAGAUGUAAUAUAGAAUAAUGUUCAAUAAAUUAUCAUGUUAAAGCAGAAAAGGUUUCCCAAAAUAUUGUCAUGUAUAGGUUACCUGAUAAUCUAUGAAUUGUAAUUCUGUUAACAAUAGAUAGACGAUAUCUGAACUGUAAACAGUACUCUAUUAAUAAUCUUGUAAUAUGCCUGUAUUAAUUUAAAUCUAAUUGAUAAGUAUUUUUUGAUAAUAAAUUGUAAAUAAAU